AUGUCGUCUUUAUUAUUGUUAGACACAUCAUUUUCCAAUGAAACUAUUGGUAUCGUCGUAGGCAUUUGGAACGUAUUCAAGGGUGUUGUGGCCGUUGGUGGUCUUUACGGUGGUAUUACUGGUAAACAACGAUUUGUUAGAAUAUUUGGUUGGGUUCUUGGGUUGACUAUUGUGAUCUAUUUGGGAUUGGUAAUACUUUCUUCUGUCAUUCACUUCCAAAAUCAAAGCAGUAUGGUUGAUGCGUGUGUUCAUAAGGCUCAAGUUAAUAAUGCAAGUGGUUUGAAAUGGGAUCCAAAAGAAAAUUGGUCAAAACCUUUCAAGAAAAGACAAGAUCCUAAUGAAGAUGAUUUUGGUGAGCGUGGUGGAACUUUGGAUAGAUUAUCAAUGUCUUCUACCUCCGAUAAACACCCUGCUAGAGGCAUUUUACAUGACAAUGUUUAA